AUGUUCCAAUACAUACUUUCCGCUGUCGCCCUCAUUUGCUUCGUGCAGGUUAGUCUGAUGUGCAUUCAUAGACAUUACGAUUCACUUUUCAGGUCAUCGUUGCUGAAAACUAUGGAGUCCCGGAAGAGUACAAGGAAGGUUACGAAGCUGCUCCAUCGAACAGCUACGGAGCAGCCCCCAAGUAUCCGGGAGACUACGAUCACGAUGAUGACGACCAUCACAGACGGUGCAGACACCUGAGACAGUUCAACAUCGCCGGACAAAACACUCCGCGCGCUUCCUUCUCGUGAGUUUCGAUCAAUUUUUGUGUUUCACAUGCAACCAAUGUCACAGGGACUUCGAGAGAAAGGGAAGAAACUACAUCAAGAUCACCUGCCCGAACAACAACCGCCCAUACGCCCUUGUCACUGAGAAGGACGGAGCUGACACCAUCAUCGGAGGUGUGAAUCUCGACAACACUGUUCUUCUGGCCUCUGGAUUCAACGUGGCUUUCGUCGCUGAGUGCCGUCACGGAAAGCGGUGAGUCUGGACUGUCCCUGGAAAUUGUGCAAAUUAAAAGAUUCAGUGUUGCCGGAAAAGCUGUCGAUGGAGAGAGACACCACAUCAGAAAGGUUGCAUGCGUUCUUCUCUCCCAGCCAAGUGCAAUCACCGCCUUGUAA